GCAGUACCCAGCUCCGGGAUUUUGGGAGCUAGUCCCUAUUGUUCAGAUCCCUCCUCCUGCUUGGGAAGUGGGAGGACCCGAAAAGGCGUCGCAAAAGGGAGAAUUGUUUGAGAGCUCAGUCAUCCAAAAACGGCCUUUCAAUGUGAGAACUUGGAGAGCCGAAGAAAAUGUCGGUGGCAUCGCAGUAAAUUACUAAAGCAGCGAGGCUUUAGAGGGAAAACGAGAAGCAAAAAGUGUCAGAUUUUCAGGACUACAUCUCAGAAGAGAAGCGAGAAGAAGGUUGGCUGAAGUGUGAGCACCAAGUUGAGAAGUUUUUGGGGGUAGUGCAUGGAAAAUGUCUGGAAAGCGCGGCUGGACUCUGUGGAUGAAAAAGAGAAGUGGUCCAGUGUUGUGUGUUCUCGGUGCAGUACUACUGUGCUGCCUGCAGAGCAACGCUUCAGCCAGUGAUGAGGUGCCGGUGUUCAUAGAAGAGCCUGCGUCAGUGGUGCAGAAGCUGGGAGGCAGCGUCACCUUACACUGCAGUGCUCUACCUACCUCAGUCAGAGUCAGCUGGCGUCUCAAUGGCGAGCAGUUGGUGAACGGAGAUUUGGGUGUAGUGGUGGGGCCCAACAGCCUGUUCAUCCCCUCUCUCUGCAACCACACUCUGGGCAGAUACCAGUGUGUAGCCACCACCAGUGCUGGAGCGCUGGCCAGCGUGCCUGCUAACGUCACCGCUGCCAAGCUGCGGGACUUCGAGCCUGAUGACCAGCAGGAGAUCGAAGUUGAUGAAGGCAACACAGCUGUUAUCGAAUGUCACCUCCCCGAGAGUCAGCCCAAGGCUCAGGUCCGCUACAGUGUCAAACAGGAAUGGCUGGAAACAUCCAAAGGGAACUACCUCAUCAUGCCAUCAGGGAACCUGCAGAUAGCCAAUGCCACACAUGAUGAUGAGGGGCCGUACAAGUGUGCAGCCUACAACCCCAUCACUCAGGAGGUCAAAACUUCCACAUCCACCGAUCGUCUGCGCAUUCGCCGAGCCACAUCAGAAGCAGCUCGGAUCAUUUACCCACCAGAGGCCCGUUCCAUCAUGGUGACCAAAGGCCAGCGGCUGGUAUUGGAGUGUGUUGCCAGUGGCAUCCCUACGCCACAGGUUACAUGGGCAAAAGAUGGACAGGACUUGCGUUUCCAUAACAACACACGCUUCCUGCUUAGCAACCUGCUCAUAGACGCAGUGGGCGAGGAAGAUUCGGGGAAUUAUAUCUGCCGGGCAGACAACGGUAUCGGCUCAGCUAGCUCUGCUACGGUGCUCUAUGAGGUCCAAGUGUUUGAGCCUCCUCAGGUGACCGUGGAGUUGCAGCAGCAGGAAGUCAUGUACGGCGAGACAGUGCGCUUCACCUGCCAGGCCCGUGGUAAACCCACCCCGUCUGUGAUGUGGCUCCACAAUGCCCAGCCCCUCAUCCUGUCACCUCGCCACCGCGUAACCUCACGGGGAUUACGCGUCUCUAAUGUGGGCCCUCAGGACGCAGGCCUGUACCAGUGCAUGGCAGAGAAUGGUGUGGGCAGCUCCCAGGCCUCAGCUCGUCUCGUCACGGUAUCAACUGGGUUUUCUUCUCGGGGGAGGUUACCUUCAAUCUUUCGCCCUCUAAGCCCAGACAAGGUGCUGAGAGAGCAGCCUCCUGUGAGACCUGGGGCUGCUGGUGCCACUUUACCUCUGGACUGCUCUGAACUGCCAGGUCAGGUGUUGUUGCCUGCAGAUGCCCCCAUCAUCCUUAGUCAGCCACGCACAGGCAAGGCUGACUACUAUGAACUCACCUGGAGGCCGCGACAUGAGCGAGGAGCCCCUGUGUUGGAAUAUAUGAUCAAAUACAGAAAGGAGGGAGACCCUCUUGCAGAAUGGACCUCCAGGAGUAUCUCAGGCUCUCUCCAUAAGCUGACUCUGGCAAAGCUGCAGCCAGACAGUCUGUAUGAAGUGGAGAUGGCUGCCAAGAACUGUGCAGGAUUGGGACAACCAGCCAUGAUGACAUUUAGAACUGGCAAAGGUCGCAAAGGUCUGGGAGGGCAAAUUGAUCCACCAAAAACUCCUGCCGUCCCUUCACCAAGCCUCUCUCCUCCUGAAGCUCCCGAUAGGCCCACAGUCUCCACGGCUACGGAGACAUCAGCGUACGUGACUUGGAUUCCUCGUGGUAACCGCGGCUUCCCCAUUCAGUCAUUUCGGGUGGAGUACAAGAAGGUGAAGAAGCCAGGGGAGGACUGGGUGACGGCGGUGGAGAACAUUCCCCCGUCGAGGCUGUCUGUGGAAAUCAUGGGGCUAGAAAAAGGUACAUCUUAUAAGUUUCGUGUGGUAGCAGUGAAUGUGAUUGGCUCCAGCCCUCCCAGUGCCCCGUCUAAAGCCUACACAGUGGUGGGUGGGAGAACACAUGAACGCCCCGUUGAUGGACCAUACAUCACCUACAACGAGGCCAUCAAUGAGACCACCAUCGUUCUGAAAUGGACGUACACUCCUGUAAACAACACACCCAUCUAUGGUUUCUACAUCUACUAUCGGCCAACUGACAGUGAUAAUGACAGUGACUAUAAGAAGGAUGUGGUAGAGGGAGACAGAUACUGGCACUCAAUCACCGAUCUGCAGCCAGAGACCGCCUACGACAUCAAGAUGCAGAGCUUCAACGAGAAAGGAGAAAGUGAAUUUGGCAACGUAGUGAUCCUUGAAACAAAAGCUCGUCCUAACCACCAACGGCCUGACCCGUCAAAGGACCCAAUACUGGAGCCAGAAGAUCCCAAACGGCUGAUCCGGCACGGUGACCUCCCUUACCUAAUAGUUGGCAUUGUCCUAGGAGCCUUUGUCUUCAUCAUUGUCGCCUUCAUCCCCUUCUGCCUCUGGAGAGCUUGGGCCAAACAAAAGCAAACAUCAGAUUUGUGUUUCUCUGCUGUUGCCACCCCGGUGUCUUCAUGCCAGUACACGAUGGUUCCCCUUCAAGGACUUGGCCUGGUUGGACACUGUCCUCUGGAUGCACAUAUGUCGUCUCCGCAUGGCGUUUACAAUGCUAAUGGAGAAUACACACUGAACGGCAAACCUCACCACCCAAAACACUGCCUGCCAGGACUACAGCAGGAUGAAGUGGAUUGUGAUAUGGAGUGUGACACACUGCUGCCACAGAUGGUGUCAAAUGGACAGCUGUCUGUUUACCAUUACUCCAGCAGUGACCCUGAUUAUCACGAACCACCCUGCAGCCCGUCAGACGAUGGCACUCUUCAGCUCCAGGUAUCUUCCCAUCAGCUCGUCGGUGGACAGGAAGUGGGAGGCACCAGCAGCCUAUGUGGUGGAGAUGGAGCAGAGGACAUUGCUCAAACAGACCCAACAUCUAUUCAUCUUCUAUUCCUAGAAGACGAGGGAAUUUUUACCACAUCGUCUUCAACAGCCACAACCCCACAACCCCAAGAUACGCUACAGGACGUGAACAUCCUCCCGAAUGAAGCUCCCCUUGAGAACGCAGGGACAGCUGACUCUACAGAUGCAUAAGAGACUGUUGAAUGAACAGAGGAAAACAAGAGAAAAUAUUUAUUUUUGUAUCACAGAUAUUUAUAUAUUUAUGCUUUUUGUAUAUAGGUGUCUGAUUAUACUGUAUAUAAGGUUAUUUUCAUAUUGAAAAAAUACUUUAUUCAUACAUCUGCCCACGCUAUGUCAUGGACAAAGGGGUUUUUGGUCCCCAACUCUGUCUGCAUUUCCAGGGGAGGAGCAAAGUUUUGAGACAUUAUUCCUCUUGUGAAGAAGAGGGGGCUUCCUCUUAGUUCAGCACUUCACGUCUAGACCCUCCUCACGCCAUUCCUCGUAGAUUUCUCCCACCUUUAAUGUUUGGAUCCUAGGUACUUAGCUUUAUGCACAACAGAAACAAAAACAAGAGGACCAUUUUAAUCAGCGCAAUGCUGUUAUUAUGAGGUGCUUUGUCACUCUUUAGCUCUGUUGUGUCAUCAUUUUCUCAAGACACAACUUUCAUUUUUUAUAGCAGUAACACAAAUGUAUUAUACAUUGCUCAUCAUUAACAAACUAUUAACAAAUGUAUGCAACAUAAAUCAUUGUUUUGGUAGUGUACAAGAGAUUAUAUAUGUUGUAUAGUUAUUUAUUUUUGGAGCUUAUGUUAUUUUUUAAAAUCACUGAAUGGGAGAGAUUCUGGAAAAUAACUCAGUCAUUGAUAAGCUGAACUUUAUACUGCAGCCACUUCCGUGUUUGCUCCUUUGCUGGUUACCAAAUGACUGCCAGGAGAGGACGCUGUGACAGGUGUGUCAGUAUUAUUCCUCCCUCACGAGUCAGUGCACAAAGUAUUAAGUAGUCUUUGACAGAGACAUCUGUGAUUGAAAUGAAGGAGAUCCUAAAUCAACACUCCCUUAAAAGUGCAACUACUCAGUGGCUGCACAUACUGAAGCACUAUUGCAUGUAAAUAAAAGCUUAUGAAACCGA